UUGAAUGCAAGCUGGACGACGCAACGUUGUACUGGGACUGCUCGGCCUUGUGGCUCUGCUCUACUUGGCGACGAUUGUGUGGCUGCAGGAAGCGGUCUUGGAUGCAUCGUCAUCAUCCUCUCCGUCGUCAUCAUCAUCCUGCGCGGCGUCGAUCUGGCUGCACUGCGCGCCAAGGUAGCAGCGGUGGACGGACUGACGGACGCCGAAGCAACAGUCAUUCUUGCUUCACUAUCCCACGCAACAGAGCACAAUGUCAGAGUGGACGAGCCGAGCGACACGCAUCCUCAUGGGAGCAGCUGCAACCCGAGCCACGACGACGCCAACGCCGCCGACGACGAUGGGACCGAGUCAUCCUCGUCUGGUGAUGGCAACGCAACUGCAGGGUGGUCACCGCGCCUGCUGGAUGCGCUGGUCAACGAUGGCGAUCUCAACGCAGUGUCCAUUGCGCAGCUCAAGCAAAUGAGCAGGUUUUGCGGACUGCGCGGCAGAUUGCUCACACCGGGAACCUGCGUCAAUCAUCUUGGAUUCGCAGCAUGCACCUAUGGUCGCGUGUGCUUGGAGAUUGAUUUUCUGAAUGCAACUAGUACGGAACCGCUGUUGCCGGGAACGCUCGUCUUUCCAGAAUCUGCGGCGCACGACGAUUUGCCGUCCACAGUCCCCUCGCUGCGUUUCAAUGAGCGCUUGGUCACUGAGAGCGAGUUUGAAACAAUAUGGCAGAAUGCAGACGACAUUUUCAGCGACACCACGGGCAUCUCGUAUGCGACAGGCGACGGCUACCAUCCAGGCCACGCUCUGGAGCGCAUCAUGACCUUCUUUACGCUGCAACAGAGUGGUGUGCUGUACCCCGACAAGACCAUUGACCGGUUUUUCUUUGCUACCACGGGACUGGUACCAUGGGGUCGCAGUUUACUCGAAACGCUGUUUGGAAGGGCUCCCGCCAUUCGCACGGCACGCACCGACUUUGACCAAAUUCUCAAGCGAAGAGCAAGACAUCUCAAGUUAGACAUGCCAGCAAGACCUUCUCGAGCUCCAGUGCACAUUUGCAUGGAACGAGCAGUUGUCGUGGGUCCGAAAAGCUACCCGCGAAAACUCGGCGUCAUGUGCGAUCGGGCGGAAGCGCAGCUAUUUCGACGGCAGGUGGCGUUGCGACAUCCAGCGUACCAGCCUCGACUCACACAGACCGCGUUGGUCAUUGACCGUGCAUCUUCGCGGCGAAUGAGCAAUGCGGCGAAUGUUGUGGCGCAAGUCGACGCUCUGCUGUCUCCGCUUGGGUUUGAAACGCGUUACAUUCCCGAGAUGAGCCACCUCAGCUUUGCUCAGCAGAUUGCCGUGAUGGCCAACGCAUCUGUUGUUGUGUCCAUCCAUGCAAGUCACCUGUCCAACUUGAUUUUCGCGCCAGAAGGAGCCGUCGUCAUUGAAAUUUACCCGUUCAAGUUUGUCGAUCCGUGCUUUCGCAUGCUCUCCCGAACGUGCGGGAUUCAUCACUUGUCCUGGCUCGUCACUUUGCCAUCAGAGUCGGCCAUAGGGGCCUCUUGGACCCCUCAGCACGCUUGUUUUACAAGGGAGACGGCUCUCGUUGCAUCCAAGCUCAAAUGCAAGAACUGGAUGGCCGCGCAAGAUGUGCACGUCAACCUGGAGUUGCUGGACACGUACCUCAACAUUGCGAUAGACACGUUGCACACAUCCAAUGUAACAAUAAUUCGAUAG